AUCUAUAACACUUCACACCUGUCCUUCUCUCCCCUUUACUCUCUCUCUCUCUCUUCUCUCUCUCCACUCUUGGCCACUAUUUUUGCUUCAUUUUUUUCAAUACUAUUCUACUUUACUUAGUAUAUUUAUAGGCUGCUCUGCAUAAAUAGACACCAUGACAGGCAAAGAAAUCCUCCACAAGAUGAAGGUUCUGGCAGUGGAAGUGGUUACAUAAUUUUUAAUAUUAUGUGCCAAUGAACUCUAGCUCAACUGGCAACUCCUUCCCUUGUAACGCAGGGUGAGGUUGUGGGUGCAUGACCCAGUAGGAAAAGGUUGGGUUAGGUUCAUCAGAUGCUGACUCUGGAAAAGGAAAGAGCAAGAUGUCAAAGAACAUUACGCAUGGCUUUCACUUGGUAAAGGGAAAAUCCCAUCAUGCCAUGGAAGAUUAUGUCGUUGCACAGUUUAAGCAACAUGACGACAAAGAGCUUGGUCUGUUUGCAAUCUUCGAUGGUCAUUUGAGCCAUAAUGUACCUGAUUAUCUGAGGUCUCAUUUGUUUGACAAUAUUUUAAAGGAGACUGACUUCUGGACGGAACCAGAGAAAGCGGUCAAGAGAGCUUAUCGUGUAACCGAUGCUAACAUUUUGGAAGAAGCAGUUGAUUUGGGUAAGGGUGGUUCAACUGCAGUUACAGCAAUAUUGAUUGAUUGUAAAAAGCUGGUAGUAGCAAAUGUUGGGGAUUCCCGAGCUGUUAUCUGUAAGAAUGGCGCAGCCAAACAACUAUCAGUUGAUCAUGAACCAAGCGUGGAAAGGGGGAGCAUUGAGCAGAGAGGCGGUUUUGUAUCAAACUUUCCAGGUGAUGUUCCACGAGUUGACGGUCAAUUGGCAGUGGCAAGGGCAUUUGGUGACAAGAGCUUGAAGAAACACCUGAGUUCAGAGCCUGAUGUAUCAGUGGAGUUUAUAGAAAAUGACACAGAGUUUGUUAUCCUGGCAAGUGAUGGAUUAUGGAAGGUAAUGUCGAACCAAGAAGCAGUAGACUGUAUCAGGCAAAUCAAGGAUGCUAGAUCAGCAGCAAAGCACCUUACUGAAGAGGCACUUAAUAGGAAGAGCACGGACGAUAUUUCCUGCGUAGUUGUAAGAUUUCAGUGAACUAAGGAUUGCUCUCCGCGCUUAUGUUUGGUAAAAGUCUCUGUUUCAAGUGAUGUUUUGACAUCCGUUGUGUAGAAAUAAAACUGAUGCCUUACAUUGUGCCAUAUUAAAGGCUUUUAUUUUGGGUUUCUCUGUAUCAGUGUCUAAUGUGCAAGCAAACCGUGAGAGAACUGCCUAAUUUACUUGUUCUGGAAAAUAGUGUUCUUCCCUUUCUUUUGGGGUAAUACCCUUGAGAAUCUAGCUUCCAUAAUAAGGAAAGGGAAAAAAAUGUAAAUGAAUUAUCAGGCAGAAAGGUAGGUGAAAUGUUAUUGUUUCUAGUUCUUUUGAAUUGUAGAAAGAAUCAUUCGUGCUGGAGAAUGCAGUCGUGUUGGUUGGUCUAUUGGACAAAAUAGACUAAUAGAAAUUGCUUUGUAAAACAUGCUGGGACCCAAAAGUAUCUUAUGUAUGGUAUUAGUGUAUGAGACCCUCUUUUUAUAUGUAUGUGGGACUCAAUACAGAUGGGACUUUCAUAUGUAUCUUGAGGGCGAUGUUGAAUAUAGUCCAAUGUUCUAAAUACC